AUGAAUAAAGAACUAUCUACGAACAAAAAUAACAUUGAUAGUAAUAAUGUUAUUGAUAUUGACAAUGAUAUUAAGAAUGAAAUUAUCAAAAGUCCAUCCAGAUCACCACUUAAUGAAAUUUUAGAAAAUCCUUCAGCUGAUGUAGACGUUCAGAACACUUCAAUUAUGGAAAAGCAAGAAACAUUAGAGACUACGCUUACUCAACUUACUAAAGACGUCAGGAUUUUACAAUCAUCGUAUGAAAAUUUAAAGCCAAAGGCAAAGGAAAAUGGCCAUGAAUGGUGA